AGCUUUUUGGGACCCGCUCUGCUUCGUCCCACCAUGGCUCUCAGCCAGCUGAAAUUCAAGGAACUGGGCGAGGAGGAGCCCACCUGGGAGCAGGAGAACCUGGAGAGCCUGAAGGCGCUGGCGGCCAAGCUGAAGCUGCAGACGCGCAGACCCUCGUACCUGGAGUGGGAGGCGCGGGUGAGGGGGCAGCGCUGGGGCACCCCCGGGGCGCUGCAGAGCCCCCCGCAGCCCCGGCAGCCGCAGCCUGGGGGCGUCUGUGGCUUUGCCACCGUGGAGGCGGCUCUGGAGUGGCUCAGGACGGAGCUGCGGGAGAUGCAGGCCCUGGACCAGCGGCUGGCGCAGCAGCUGAUGCGGCUGCGGGCGCGGCUGCACCGGCUGAAGGUGGAGCAGGCCUGCCACCAGCACAAGGAGAUGCUGGACGACGCCACCUUCGGCCUCGAGGGCUGCGAGGAAGACUCGGAUCUGCUGUGCACCAUCCCCCCCAAGGCCGCCUUCCUGCUCUCCACGCCGCUCAAGCACAUCGGGGUCACCCGCAUGAACAUCAACUCCCGCCGCUUCUCGCUGUGCUGAGCCCGCCCCGCCCGGGGCAC